GAUCUCUCGGAUUAAUAAAAUGGAGGAAAAAUUGGGUUCGAACUUUCGACGACGAAGACACACUACGCUGCACUGUUACGCAGCUUCUUUCGAAUAUUCCGAGAGUUGCGUGCGUGCGGAAAGCCGUACGCGCGAGCGCACGCACACACACAUACACACAAACACUGGUGUCUAUCUGUAUGAGGUGUACGACGAUGUUUCGUUUUGGGAGGUGUGUGACUAUUAUACACACAUAUAUACGUAAAACAUUACAUACGUAACAAUCUGCGAUCGUUUCCUUGCUUUUACGUAACUAUAAUGUCUCGGGACUAUGACUCUCUUCCCCACCCUGAUCAUUUUCACCGGGUGGUUUUGGCCAAGGCACUCACAUGUCCUUUAUAAGCACACAUCCCCAGCGAUCAAAGGCAGAAUCGUAUCGACGUUCAUAAUAUCAAGUCAAGCAGACGAUCUUAUUACGAUUGCAACGUGUUAUCGUUUAAAAAAAAAAAAAAAUAUAUAUAUAUAUAUAUAUAUACAUAUAAAAAUAAAAAAAAAAAGUAUCCCUUCUUUUUUUUUUCUUUGCGAAUUUUCUUUCAAGUGGUUUCUAUAUAUUUAUUUAAUUUUUUUCGCAUUUUUCUCUUUUCGUUAAUUUUUGUUCCCGUCGAAGAUCGCCCAAGGAAGAUUUUAUUUACGUCGAAAGAAGAUCAACAAGAUGAAUUCAUACAUUAUUGUCGCGUUCGUGUUCGGAAUGUUGACCGUGGCUUUAACAUCGCCCAUACCUGGUCAUCAUGGCCAUUCUCAUCACGUGAUUCAUGUCCCGUAUCACGUUCACACAGUUCAUCAUCAUCACGUGAAAAAGAUUCAUGUACCAGUUCAUCACGUUAAAAAGGUACCAGUGCCAGUACCAAUUCCAAUUCACCAUGUCGAAAAGGUUCAUGUACCAGUACCUGUAGUUGAAAAGGUUCAUGUACCUGUACCAGUAGUCGAAAAAGUUCAUGUACCUGUUCAUGUACCAGUUCACGAAGAAAAGCCUUGGUGGUAGAUCGAGUCACAAAUGUUGUUAUUGAUUUGUUUUUGAUUUUUAGGUUAUAUAAUUUAAAAUAAUAAGGAGACGCGUUCUCUGAUCUUCGAAUAAUAAUAUAAGAAAAGAGAUAAGUGAACGUUUUGCCAGAAUACUCGUCGCCAGAGUACUCAUCGAAAGAAAGAUCAGUACAAAAUAGAUAUCGAUUUAUCAAUAGGACAUAUAAAACCUUGGAUUAUUACCAGGGGAUGGAUUAAGUGUGUGUUCGAGAUGAAAAUUAAUCUAUGUACAUAUGCUUUUGCGUUGUGUUAUUCUUAUAUACAAUUUUAUUUUUAUAUACAUGAACACAUAUAUAUAUAUAUAUAUAUAUAUAUAUGUAUAUACAUAUAUGUUUGAUAAAUAUUAUUAACUGAUAUAUUAUUUGACGUCUUUUUAUCCUCGUCCAAUCAUCCGAUUAAAAUAAUUAGAGAAUAAUUGGAGAAAUUAGAAUUUAAUGGAGAGUGAAAAAUAAAAGAAAUAAAAAUUAAAUAAUAUCAAUUUAGUUUUAACAAUUUAUUAACGUGUAACAAUUGACAUAACAAUAGUGCAAUGGGUUAACAGUAAUAACGUUUGGAGAAGGAUCGUUUGAAACUAACUUUCUCUCUCUCUCUCUCUCUCCCUCUCUCUCUCUCUCUCACCAGCCAUCUUCUUCGUGUUCAUGAUCAUGAUCGUCGUCGUGUGACUCUACCGGUAUAUAAAUUUUCUUUACGUGCGUAUGGUGAUGCUUAUGGAUAUAAUGUGGCACGUGUAUUAUAAAGUGGGUACUGAAAAGCAUUGAAAAUGUUUGAAGAUUUAUAAACAUCUGAGAUUUAUUUGUAUUUUCUAAGGAUAUUUGAAUCAUUUACUGCUCGUGUCCAUCACCACCAGGAUGGGGCAUCGCAGUUACAAGUGCAAACAUGAACACCAUUAGAAGUAAUAUCUGAAAAAGAAUAGAAAAUAAAAAAGAAAAAGAAUAAGUAUGAAAGAUGGAAAUCCAAUGAAGAAUAAAUUAAAUUCAUUACGAUUACAAAAAAAAAAAAAAGAAAUUA